UGUCGGGAGACCCUGCAGGGUGUUUACUAUCUCCAUAACAAAGGCAAGAUCCACAGAGAUAUAAAGGGCGCAAAUAUACUGUUGACAGACAAUGGCUACGUUAAGCUAGCUGAUUUUGGAGUUUCAGCUCAGAUAUCAGCCACUUUAGCAAAAAGAAAGUCCUUCAUUGGAACUCCAUAUUGGAUGGCACCUGAGGUGGCAGCAGUUGAGAGGAAAGGUGGCUACAAUCAGCUGUGUGAUAUUUGGGCCGUGGGCAUCACCGCUAUUGAGCUGGCCGAGUUGGAGCCGCCAAUGUUCGACUUGCACCCCAUGAGAGCACUCUUCCUAAUGACCAAGAGCAGUUUCCAACCACCUAAGCUGAAAGACAAAGUAAAGUGGACAAAUAAUUUUCAUCACUUUGUGAAAAUGGCUUUGACCAAAAAUCCCAAGAAGAGACCAACAGCUGACAGAUUACUGCAGCACCCAUUCGUUACCCAACCGCUUAGCCGGACUCUUGCCAUUGAGCUACUGGACAAAGCCAACAAUCCUGACCACAGCACACACAGUGAUGCAGAGGAGGAUGACAUUGACCCAGAGUCUCCCGUGUCUGUGCCACAUCGAAUCCGCUCAUCUAGCAGGAGCUCACGAGAUGGAAAGACUCUCUCUGAGAUUAACUUUGAUAAGGUGAAGUUUGACCCACCUCUGAGAAAAGAAACCGAACCGCAUCAUGAGAUGGAUCUACCAUUAGAGCCCGAAAGCAUUCUGGGAAAUAACAAGAGUCUAUUAAAAUCUGUUGCUGAGGAGCUCAAUCAAAGGGGUCAUGUGACACAUUUAGAGGAUGAGGAGGAGGAUGAAGGUGAUGAUUUGCACAGUGACUCCACUUCAACCAUGAGGCCUAAAGUACCACCUCCUCUGCCACCCAAGCCAAAGCUUCCGUCUCCCGGUCAGAACAGUACUGUCUCAGAGGACAAUACCGGAGAAGGGACCAUUAAACGUUCCCCAGCUUCUGCAAGCUCCUCCCCUCCUGUUCGGACUGCUUCCUGUGUGCCUCCCAGGCCGCCACCUCCUCGCCUGCCUCCACACAGGCGUAGUAGUCUAGGUAACAAACCAUCUGAGCAUGAUCAGACAGAGCCAGCAGGGGAUGAUGAGAUUUAUAGGUUCUGGGAAUGGCUUCAUGCUGAACAACAAGAAGAACAAAGUAAGCUAAGCACCGCCUUCUUGAGCGUGCUCUCCUACAGCUGUAGCUUUACCCUUCAAUUCAGUAAUGGCCUCCCACCGACCCCUAAAGUACAUAUGGGAGCUUGUUUCUCUAAAGUGUUUAACGGCUGUCCCCUAAAGAUUCACUGUGCCUGUUCCUGGAUAAACCCAAACACCAGGGAUCAGUAUCUGAUUUUUGGUGCAGAGGAAGGAAUUUAUACCCUCAAUCUAAAUGAAAUCCAUGAGAGCACAAUGGAACAGUUGGUUCCACGGAGGUGCACAUGGGUCUAUGUAAUGAACAACUGGCUGCAUUCAAUAUCAGGUAAAGCAUCUCAGCUGUACUCUUACAACCUGACGGGGCUCUUUGAGCAAGCUCGACAAAUGCAGAAGUUACCUGUUUCCAUACCAACACACAAAUUCCCAGACAAAAUCAUCCCACGGAAGUUUACUGUGUCCAAUAAAAUACCAGAUACGAGGGGUUGUCAGAAAUGUUGUGUGGUGCGAAACCCGUACACCGGUCAUAAGUACUUAUGUGGAGCUUUCCAGUCCAGCGUAGUGCUGUUUGAAUGGGUGGAAGCCAUGCAGCGCUUCAUGUUGAUAAAGAGCAUAGACCUCACCCUGCCGUGCCCAUUAGAAAUCUUUGAGAUGUUGGUGGUUCCUGAGCAGCAUUACCCACUGGUUUGUGUGGCGGUCAGUAAAGGAAGCCAUCCUGAUCAGGUGGUCACGUUUGGUACUGUUGAUCCCAAUGCUGCCAACCCGAUAUUCACAGAGCCCGAAACACCUCAAACAUGUGUCAUUCAUGUGACUCAGCUGGAGAGAGAUACUGUCCUAGUGUGUCUAGAUCGGUGUAUAAAAUUGGUGAAUUUACAGGGCAGGUUAAAAUCCAACAGAAAGCUGUCAACUGAACUCACCUUUAACUUCCAGAUUGAGGCAAUAG